GACUUCUACAAUUGGCCAGAUGAAUCUUUUGAAGAAAUGGAUAGUACUUUGGCUGUUCAGCAGUACAUACAGCAACAAGUCAGACGGGAUCCUUCCCGAGUUGAUUUGAUCCUCACCCCUCCAGAUUCUCAAGAUGAAGGUGUAUGGAAAUAUGAGCACCUGAGACAAUUUUGUUUGGAGCUAAAUGGUCUUGCUGUAAGGUUACAAGCAGAAUGUCAAUCAGAGACUUGCUUACACAUGACUGCCACUGAACAAUGGAUUUUCCUGUGUGCUGCACAUAAACAACCGAAAGAAUGUCCUGCAAUAGAUUACACUCGCCAUACCUUAGACGGCGCUGCUUGUCUCUUAAAUAGCAACAAAUAUUUUCCCAGCCG